CAGAUGACUGCCUUUAUAACUAUCAAUGAUUAACUAGUGAAAGAGAUUAGAAUAAUUGAAAACUGAUUCUGACAUUGUUGAAGAGAGCCUCGACACCAGCACACUGUGAGAGAUCUCCAUCCAACAACGCACAUUGAGAGGACUGCAAGAGGCCAAGGGAGAGGAAGUACAAGUUGAUACCUGGACAAAGUCAUCAUCCUGAACUGACUGCCAAAGUACAUUUCCCUCUGAAAGACAUCCUGACACCAUCUGCUGGUGAAUAAAUGACAUAGCAGAAUUUCCUUCUGUUGAUAAUGCAACCUGGACAGAGGUGAGAGAAUAAAGUAGAUUUGGAGAUUGUUGAACAGAGCUGAUAUCUCUGUUGGAAAACACGUUUGGAGUAUAUUAGAGGAGAGAAGUGGACAGACUGUAAGUUGGAGAGUCCUGCUCUUUAGAAAUAACUUUAAUAUCAAAUGGCUGAGAAAACCACUCUUGUUGAAAGUUUCCUGAGCUGUCAUGUGUGUUCAGAGACUUUCAGAGAUCCUGUGUCUCUGAGCUGCAACCACAGUUUCUGUUCGAGCUGCCUGCAGAAAUUCUGGAAACAGAGUAAGAACAAAAACUGUCCCAUUUGUAAAAGAAAGUCUUCUAAAAAACAUCCUUUGGUGAACUUUGCUCUGAAGGAGCUGGCUGAUUCCUUUGCUGAGAGACAGAAAGCUGGAUCAUCUGAGACAGAAAAAGGAGAGAAGAAGGUGGAGGUGGUGUGUAGUAAACAUCAAGAAGAGCCUAGAUUGUUCUGUAAGGAUGAAGAUAGAGCUGUGUGUCCUGUCUGUGAGUUUUCUCUCCACCAGAGUCACAAGGUGGUUCCUGUAGAACAAGCAGUCAGUGAGCUGAAGGACCUGCUGAAAUCUGACUUAGAGUCUCUGCAGAACAAGAGGGACAAAUACAAACGAGUGGAGACAACAUACAAUGAAGUGAUUCAACUGUCCAAGAAGCAGCUGCUGUCCACAGAGAGGAAGAUCAGAGCAGAGUUCAACCAGCUCCAUCAGUUCCUGAAAGAGGAAGAGGAGUCCAGACUGACAGCUCUGAGGGAGGAAGAGGAGCAGAAGGGGAAGACUAUUAGCAGAGAGAUGAAGAGCAUUCAGGAGCACAUUUCCUGUCUGUCACACAGUAUCUCUGCUGUUGAAAAAGAGCUGCAGAAACACAACGUGCCCUUCCUCCGCAGUUAUAAAGCCACUCAGAGCAGAGCCAGAGUCCAGAGAUCACUGUCAGACCCACAGCUGCUCUCAGGAGCGCUGACAGAUGUGGCCAAACACCUGGGCAACCUGUCCUUCAGAGUCUGGGAGAAGAUGAAGGACAAGGUCCACUUCAGUCCUGUCAUUCUGGACCCAAACACUGCAGCCAACAGGCUCUAUAUGUCUGAUGAUCUGACCAGUGUGAGAAAUGGAGACAAAUCUCAGCAGCUUCCUGAUAAUCCGGAGAGAUGCUCUAUGUAUGCUACUGUACUGGGCUCUGAGGGCUUCAGCUCAGGCAAACACAGCUGGGAGGUGGAGGUUGGAGAUCAUCCUGACUGGAAUAUAGGUUUAACUAAAGAGUCAGCUGACAGGAAAGGAAAGAGAUUUGCCACACCAAAAUAUGGAAUCUGGUGUUUAUUGCAUCGCAGUGGAAAAUACAUUCAUGGACAGCCAAACUCAUUAAAUCCAUGCCAAAAGGGUGGGUGGAGGUGGUCCGGAGGCGGGAUUCGGGCGGACGACCCGGGGGCAAGGCAGAGGACGAGAAGGGUGUCUCGGGCGGACGACCCGGGGGCAAGGCAGAGGACGAGACAGAGCACGGACAGGCCUUGUGGCAAGGGAACUCCGGAGGCCCGAGACAUGGGCGGAGGCAAGGGCGUAGACCAUGGCGAGGGAACUCUGGAGGACGACCCGGAGGACAGUGGAAUAGCUCCGGAGGGCGGCGAGACAGUUCCGGAGGAUGGCCUGGAAGGCAACGAGACAGCUCCGGAGGACGGCGAGACAGCGCCGGAGGACAGCGAAACGGCUCCGGAGGACGGACUGGAGGACGACGGGCUGGAGGACGACUGGCUGGAGGCCGGCGGGCUGGAGGACGACUGGCUGGAGGCCGGCGAGCUGGAGGCUGGCGGGACCGCUCCGGAGGAAAGUAAGGAGGACCUGGAGCAGGAGGCGGCAGGGCCACCGAGGAGACAGGAGCACCAGUCAGAGGGACCCCCACAAGAGGCAGGUGCAGGGGCCGGCAGCACCACCGACGGGACAUGA